GAUGAAGUCAGUAACAGCAAAGCUCAAACUCUUUGGACCAGUCCUCACUUUACGAUGUUCUUACAGCUCCACUGAUCAAGCUCUUCUUCUUAACGAAUUUACCAGACUCUGUUACCAGAGAGACCUUCCUAGAGCUUUAAAAGUAAUGGAAUCCUUGCAAAGUCAUGGUCUUUGGGCAGAUUCUGCAACUUAUUCUGAGCUUAUUAAGUGUUGUUUAGCUCAUAGAGCUGUUCAUGAAGGGAAUCUUAUUUGUCGUCAUUUAUACUUCAAUGGUCAUCAACCAAUGAUGUUUCUGGUUAAUGUUAUGAUCAAUAUGUAUGUAAAAUUCAAUCUUUUGAAUGAAGCUCACCAACUGUUCGAUCAAAUGCCUCAAAGGAAUGUUAUUUCUUGGACUACAAUGAUUUCUGCUUAUUCUAAGUGCAAGCUUCAUCAUAAGGCUUUGGAGCUUUUGGUUUUGAUGUUAAGAGAUGGUGUGAGGCCUAAUGUGUAUACGUACUCCUCUGUUUUGAGAGCUUGCAAUGGGAUGCCUGAUGUUAGAAUGCUUCAUUGUGGGAUUAUUAAGGAGGGAUUGGAGUCUGAUGUCUUUGUUAGGAGUGCUUUGAUUGAUGUGUUUGCUAAAUUGGGUGAGCCGGAUGAUGCUCUUUCGGUUUUCGACGAAAUGGUUACGGGUGAUGCGAUUGUUUGGAACUCAGUCAUUGGUGGCUUUGCUCAGAACAGUAAAAACGAUGUAGCUUUGGAACUUUUUAAGAGGAUGAAGAGAGUUGGUUUCAUUGCGGAGCAGGCUACGUUGACUAGCGUAUUGAGGGCAUGUACUGGAUUGGCUCUUUUAGAGCUUGGGAUGCAAGCUCAUGUUCAUAUCGUGAAAUAUGACCAAGACUUGAUACUUAACAAUGCACUAGUGGACAUGUAUUGCAAAUGUGGAAGCUUGGAGGAUGCUCUGCGUGUGUUCAGCCAGAUGAAGGAGAGAGAUGUGAUUACGUGGAGCACUAUGAUUUCAGGGUUGGCACAGAAUGGUUAUAGCCAGGAGGCACUGAAGUUGUUUGAAUCCAUGAAAUCUUCUGGGACAAAGCCAAACUACAUUACAAUUGUCGGAGUUCUCUUUGCUUGCAGCCACGCGGGACUUCUGGAAGAUGGUUGGUAUUACUUCAGAUCAAUGAAGAAACUAUAUGGAAUCGAUCCAGGGAGGGAACAUUACGGUUGCAUGAUUGAUCUGCUAGGAAAAGCUGGAAAGCUCGACGAUGCAGCGAAGCUGUUAAAUGAAAUGGAGUGUGAGCCAGAUGCUGUGACAUGGAGAACUCUACUUGGUGCUUGUAGGGUUCAAGGAAACAUGGUGCUAGCCGAAUAUGCAGCUAAAAAAGUCAUAGAACUCGAUCCCGAGGAUGCAGGAACUUACACAGUGUUGUCUAACAUAUAUGCAAAGUCUCAGAAAUGGGACAGUGUUGAAGAAAUCCGGACACGCAUGAGAGACAGAGGAAUCAACAAAGAACCUGGAUGUAGCUGGAUCGAAGUAAACAAAAAGAUUCAUGCUUUUAUCAUUGGAGAUGAUUCUCACCCACAGAUAAUUCAAGUCAAGAAGGAGCUGAACCAAUUGAUCCAUAGACUCAUUGGUAUUGGUUAUGUUUCUGAAACAAACUUUGUGCUACAAGAUCUUGAAGGAGAACAGAUGGAAGAAUCUCUUAGACAUCACAGUGAGAAACUGGCUUUAGUCUUUGGCCUGAUGACAUUACCUAGUGAGAAAAUCAUUAGGAUCAGAAAGAAUCUGAGAAUAUGUGGGGACUGUCAUGUGUUUUGCAAGCUCGUAUCAAAGCUUGAAAACCGCAGUAUCGUUAUAAGAGACCCGAUCCGUUACCAUCAUUUCCAAGAUGGCAAGUGUUCUUGUGGUGACUACUGGUAACAAUCAGAUGAUGGUUUCCUCUGUGAGGUUUCUUGAUCAAAAUUUUUGAUUUAGUGAAUCAUGUAUGCUUGUGAUGCUUA